AUGGCCAACAUUGCACGGGCUCUCAACUUUACCUACCGCCUCGCGGUCCCAGCCACCGUCGGCGCCUUCUUCGCGAGCCAGGCCAUCUACGAUGUCAAAGGCGGGACUCGCGCCGUCAUCUUCGACAGGCUUUCCGGUGUCAAGGAGGACGUCAUCAACGAGGGCACGCACUUCCUAGUCCCGUGGCUGCAGCGUAGCAUCAUCUUUGAUGUGCGUACCAAGCCAAGGAGUAUCUCAACGACGACCGGCAGCAAGGAUCUGCAGAUGGUCAGCUUGACGCUCCGUGUGCUGCAUCGACCAAACGUGCAAGCGCUCCCCAAGAUUUACCAGAACCUCGGCGCCGAUUACGAUGAGCGUGUCCUCCCGUCCAUCGGCAACGAAGUCCUCAAGGCUAUUGUCGCCCAGUUCGAUGCUGCCGAGCUGAUCACCCAGCGUGAGGCCGUAUCCCAGCGCAUCCGAAGCGAUCUCACCCGCCGUGCCGCCGAAUUCAACAUUGCCCUCGAGGACGUUUCCAUCACCCACAUGACUUUUGGUCGCGAAUUCACAAAGGCUGUCGAGCAGAAGCAAAUUGCCCAGCAGGAUGCCGAGCGAGCACGCUUCAUCGUUGAGAAGGCCGAGCAGGAGCGACAGGCGAACGUUAUCCGCGCAGAGGGUGAGGCCGAGAGUGCCGAAGAGAUCAGCAAGGCGAUUGCAAAGAGUGGUGACGGCUUGAUCCAGAUCCGAAAGAUCGAGGCGAGCAGGGAGAUUGCCCAAACAUUGGCAUCCAACCCCAAUGUCGCAUACUUGCCGGGUGGUGCUGGGAAACAGGGUGGUCAGUACCUCUUGUCGGUUGGCAGGGCGUAA